AUGCAUGCAACCAAGUUGGGCUAUUUGGUCGCCAAGGAGUGGGCCCCGCCCAAAUCCCGAGGGGCCUGCAUCUCAAGCAUUUCCACGGUUCGCCCGUCUAGUGGCUCCAUAACAUCCACUUUCUUGGAGCACACGAAUAGCAGUGAGAUUGGUCGGAGGAAGGCGAAUUCCGCGGUCGGGCAGGACAAAGACGCAGACGCCAUAGUAGAUUAUUGGAAAUCGCCUCUCCUGGCUUGCUAA